GGGGCUGAUGGUUUCAACCUCGUCUUGUUGGCAACUUAGAGACUCGCUGGACGGGGCUUUCUUUCCCCGACUCCGUGCUUGCUUCCGGGGGGCCGGGCAAGUUCCUAAAUCUUGAACAUUGUGAUGACGCGCUGACCCGCGGAUCGUUUAUUCUCCCCCAGGUCUCUUCUAGGCUCGAGGUUGAAAGAGGUUUUGGUGAAAACGGCAAGAUAGAAAUAAGAUUGUGACACAUGCUAUUGGUUGAAAGUCAGAGAAAACCAGAAAUUUUGAUGGAGGAACUUAGGAGGAUUUUGCUUGUCAUUUUUGAAAGGUUGCGGGAAACCGGAGGCAUAAAUUGCCCUGUGUGAUUUAACUUAAAGCAAUACAAAGUAACUUCGAAUAGGCCUUUAACAGUUUGAUCUUUUGGGAGACUGUUCAAGAAAUCAGCGCUGUGAAAACGGCAAGGAAGUCUCCCACAAGUUUAAUGUGAAUUGUGUUCCCCGGAGUUUGUCCUAGAGCUCUUGAUGUGAGUGAAUAGGAAGGUAGGAAUACUGAGGAGCAUAAUAAGCCGUUCGUGAAUUACACACAGGCUCUGAUUUAGCGCUUAAGAUCGUGCGGAACACUUAUCUUUGCUCAGGGUUAGUCUAACCGAGAGAAAAGUAUAAGCGGGAACAUCAUAGUAGUGUAAAAAGUUUCACAAUGAAAUCCGAAGCCAAGGAUGGAGAGGAGGAGAGUCUACAAACUGCUUUCAAGAAAUUAAGAGUGGAUGCAUCAGGGUCCAUAGCAUCUCUGUCUGUUGGAGAAGGCCCAAGUGUCAGAGCAUCAGUCAGAACAGCAGCAGAUGAUACCAAACCUAAAACCACAUGUGCAUCUAAAGACAGUUGGCACGGCUCAACACGGAAGUCUUCACGAGGAGCAAUGAGAACCCAACGUCGUCGACGAUCUAAAUCUCCUGUCCUUCAUCCCCCAAAGUUUAUACAUUGCAGUACAAUAGCAUCUUCUUCCAGCAGCCAGCUCAAGCACAAAGGCCAGACUGACUCCCCUGAUGCCAGCAGUGGGCUGGGAAUUUCAACCCCUAAAGACUUCAGUGCAAGAGAAUGCUCUACUUCUCUCGAUACUAAUCACACAGGGGCAGUUGUUGAGCCUUUGAGAACUUCGGUUCCAAGGCUGCCGUCAGAGAGUAAGAAGGAAGACUCCUCUGAUGCUACUCAAGUCUCCCAAGCAAGUCUCAAGGCCAAUGAACUCUCUGACUUUCAAUCUGUUUCCAAGCUAAACCAGGGCCAGCCAUGUGCAUGCCUAGGCAAGGAGUGCCAGUGUAAGAGGUGGCAUGAUAUGGAGGUGUAUUCCUUUUCAGGCUUGCAGAAUGUCCCUCCCUUGGCCCCAGAACGAAGAUCCACGCUUGAGGACUACUCUCAGUCGCUUCACACCAGAACUCUGUCUGGCUCCCCGCGCUCCUGUUCUGAGCAAGCUCGAGUCUAUGUGGAUGAUGUGACCAUUGAGGACCUGUCAGGCUACAUGGAAUAUUACUUGUAUAUUCCCAAGAAAAUGUCCCACAUGGCAGAAAUGAUGUACACCUGAUAGCAGGAACCAACUAAUACGCUUUAAACCAAUGAAGGGCUGUCAGAGAGAGGUAGUUAAUGGCAGACCUGGCAGCCACUUUGUGUGAGAAGACACCUCCUGCUCACUGUGCUUGCAAUAAAAACUUUACUUGGCAUCUCAGUUCAUAUUCAUUCUUUAAACUUCCUCUCAGAGUUCUUACAUACCUACAAACUGAUCAAAGAAAAAGUCCUUUCACUUAGUGAUGUUCCUGGGGGACGAAGAAACUAUACGUGACUGGUAGCAGUGGGUACAUGGUAAAAGCAUUUUUCAAAUCUGUGAAAGAUUUUGUGGCCAAGGAAAUGAAAUGUGGUUUUGUAACUGGACUGAGCAUUUGUUAUGCAGUAAUUGCCAGCUCAGAAUAUUAGAACUUCUAUGACUGAUUUAAGCCAUCUCUGAUUUAGUGCAAAAUUUAUUGUCUUUACAAGUUUCUUAUGUUAUUAAGCCAGAGAUCCAGAGUUUAGAUUUAAUAUGAAUAAACUAGCUGGCCUAC